UGUACAAUGGCUGCAUACUGUGAUGAAAGUCGGAAAGCUCCAAACGAAUAACAUGGCAAGAUCUUUAGUCGGGUCAUUGAUACAGCGGUUGGAGCCGUUAAAAAACAAUAUGGCCUUUAAAGCGUGCCUACUGGUGGAUCCUCGUUUCAACUACCUGAAUUCUAAAACUCUUACUGCUGAAGAGAAGGAGCAAACACGGCGUUUUAUAAUUAAUACCUGGCAACGAAUGAAGAAACUCGACACGAGUUCUCCAGGGGAAGUUGAACGGACUGUUGAAGUAGGCAAUCGAGCCAGUGAAUUUGACGCUUUUUUGACAAACAUGUUUGGCGGACUUUUACCUGGAAACGAACCACAAUCCAAGCCAUUCAUACAACAACUCAAUGCUCUGGACCUGGAGGAGCAUCAAUCGUCAGCAUUCGACGUCUGGAAGUACUGGCUUGAUCGCCGGACGACUCAUCCCGAACUAUCCAAAUUAGCACUGGUGUUGCUGUCGGUGCCAUCCAAUCAAGUUGAUGUGGAGCGGUCUUUUAGUGGGAUGGCUCUGACAUUAACAGACCGAAGAUUCAAUUUAUCCGAAGAAAACUUAGAAAGUAUACUCUUAAUCAAGCUAAACGGCAGUUUGAUUAAUGAAAUCGUCCCCGAGGAUGAUUAAAACAUUUAAAAACAGAUGUGCUGAUAGAAACAGAUUUAAUUUUUUA